GUGGAGGGGGUUAGAAUUGCUCCUCAUGGUUAAAGGGAGCCAAAUUACUGCCGAGUUCCUUGUCCUCAUUCAGGUAAAUAAAGCACGAAACCAUCUGCCUCUCUCCUUGGAAUAUUAUUCAGAGGGAAGAUGUAAUCAAAGCAGGAGAGCAGCCAACAUGGCAGUGGCUGGGUAUGACCAUGUCAUCGGAGUGUUCUUACUUCUACAACUCGAGGCCUACGUUUGCUCAGAUAUCGUGGAGCCUUUUCCUUUAAUCAAUGGGCGGCCACGACCUGUGGUCACCCUGGAGGAGAAUGCCCCCAGGGAGUUCACCUGCAGGAUGGAGGGCUGGAAGUCGGUGCCUGUCGUCACCUGGUACCUGAACGGCAAGAAGCAAGAGAGCAACCAGACAAUGCUCAUCCCGAGCUCCAGUGAGAGCAGCAACCAGAGCUUCAGCACCUUUGUGAUAACCACCCGUAGGAAGGACAAGGAACUCAACUGCUCAGCCACUGAUCCUGUCAGUGGGAAGACCCAGAAUGCCAGUGUAAUCCUCAACGUGCAGUUUAAACCUGAGGUUGUUCGGAUGGAUGCCGAGUACAAGGAACACAAUGACUCGGGACUGUUCCUGGUGCUGUUUGUCCUGGUCCGUGCAAAUCCUCCUGCCACGAUUACCUGGGUCGAUGAAAGCGGUGGAGUUAUUGUGAACACCUCCAAUUUCAUGAUCUUGGACACCAAGAGUUACCCGUGGUUGACCAACCACACCGUCCACGUGCAGUUGUCCAGCCUGGCAAAGAACUACUCCUUCAGUGCCGGCAAUGAAUUUGGAGUGACCAACUCUUCUAUUGGUUUACCAGGAUUUCUCCACUCCCGCGUUGAAGUGCCUGUGCUGGUGAUCCUCCUUGGGGGAAUCCUUGGGCUGCUCGCCAUCCUGCUCCUGAAUGUUAUUGUACUGUGUGCCAUAUACCAGAGAAAGGAAAGCACGGAUUUAAAACCCAGCAGUGACUCAGUUGUUCACAGCGAAUCCACAAAUGUUAAAUGUGAUGAAGCACAGAUUCCGAGGGAGAACAUUUCGCUCCAGGCAAACCUGCACCUGGAUCAGCAUCAGAACGUUAAUGAUCUGAAUCGACCCCCAGCAGAGGCUGAUGGAGCAUCAAGGCAUCUGUCUGAAAACCAGGUAGUGUGCGGUGAUUUGUCCGAUCAGGAAAAUGCAGCCGUGGACCCUAAAGGAUUUCUUCAUUUCCCAAUGUCUGGAUAUAUCUACAAAGUCUCUAGUAUGAGCAGUGAUGAGAUCUGGCUUUAAGUCAAUUUUUAAUUUGAUUGGGUUUUGACGGACAAAUACCUUUCAUGAAUGUGAGGAUGCAACUACCAGCCCCAGCCACCCAGUGCUCAAGAACUUGGAUCAGGGUUACAUUGCCCGAUUUUAAACCACAACCUCCACCCCCCAAAGUUCCUUGCGGUGCCUUUGAAUGACUGGAGCAGGAAAUAGAUGGUCGAUUAAAGCACAAGAAGAAGUCCUGGGCACAAUUCAACCAAUCCAGUUAUUCACUGAAGCAACAGUAGGCAGUUUGGGGGAGAUUGUUUUUUCUGUCCAGUUUGAGCAGACAUUUAGAGUUGCAGAAUUGUACCCUGCCAAUGGCCUGUUAUCCUGUGACAACUCCUUGGAAGUGCUUCUCAAUUAGUCUCAUCCUCUUCUGUUUUCUCCCAAAGUCUUGCUAACGUCUCUGUCUUCAAGUAUACACCCAGCUGCCUUUUUUAAAGUUACUAUUGAAUCUGCUUCCACACCUCCUUUCAGGAAGUGUGUUGUAGUUCACAACUGGCUGCAAAGUAAACCCCAUCUCUCCCAGUCAUUGGUCAUCCUAAGUCUGUGUGCACUGGUCACUGGUCCUUGUGUGAGUGGAUGUAAUUUUUCCCUAUCAACUCUGCCAUCCCUAGUAACAUUCUGGUAAAUCUCUUUUGUGUAUGUUCAAGGACUAGACUACAGAAAUGCUUCUUGUUUACCUUAAUCACAAGGUUUCUUUUAACGCAAUGGUACUCUACAUAUUCUACGUGAAUUAGACACUGCUCAAGUCAAGUUGAGUUUAUUGUCAUGUUCGCAAGUACAGUGAGGUACAGGUACAAUGAAAAACUUGCUUGCAACAGCAUCACAGGCACAUAGGUACAGACAACACAGAAUAUAAAUAAUAGAUAAAUUAUACAAGACAGUGAAAAGAAAAAAAAGCCUGUGCAAGUGCAAGACCUUAAUGCAACAAAAAAAAAUCAAAGACACAAUCAAAGACAAGUCCAUGGUAGUGUAAAGAGGUGGUCCGUGGUGUUCCAUUGCUGACGUAGGGUUAGGGGUGGGGCUCAGUAUUGAGUGGGAAUUGUGCAGAGAUAUUUGGGCUUCCUUCUAACCCCUGUGCAGCAAAGUGUAGGGCUCCAGACAGGAGCUGAUCUUACUGCAGGGGCCACCUUCAAACUGUUCAGCGUAUGGAUAUUGGGUUGUUUAUAAUUUCAAGGACAUUCUAAGCAACUCGUGCAUAUCCCCAGUAUAGGAUCUAGUUCAUGUUCUAAGGCUGUUGUGUGAGAUGAGUCUCUCCCCCCUCAUUAAAUGUGCAAAGGAAAUCAAAAGUGGUAUGUUGUUCAGUUCUUUAACAUUCAUCUCCUGUCUAGUUCUUUCAUUGUGGACCCUCCCCGGUCUCAUUGGCUAUGUCUACUCUAGGAACACUGGCAUUCAUUUCUUGAAUCUCCCUGAAAAAGAAAUCAAUUUCAGCCAUGCUGAUACCUGUAUAAAGCUCUUCUGGAUGGAUAUCAAUUCAACUCUUGUUUGAGGUGCUCAUUAAACAAGAAUCGUGGUCCAAUACUGAAGAAUUCAAAGUCUGAAAAUCCCCUUCCUUUGUUGCUUUCUUUAAUCACCAUUUACAAUAACAACUUGCAUUUGUGUGCUGCUUUUAAUGAAGGAAAUUAUCUCAAGUCCACAAAGGUUUUGAGCAUAAAGCAGGUUGGUCAAAGAGGUAGGUUUUACAAAGAAUCUCUGUGGCGAGAUGGUUCUGUUUCUUUUUAUGAGAGCACAAAGAUUCAAGGUGACUAGCUCCUGCUCCCCCCAACGACUAGACGCAAAUCGUGAACAUCUGUUGUGGAAUUAUGGUUGCCUGUUUUGUAGAAUGGCAUAUUGGACACCAAUAUCCAACACUCUACACUCUUCCCUUUCUAUCCUGAGUGACACAUAAAAUCUUUCUAAACCUGCCUUUCAAUGUUCAAUGGGUUUGUUUUGCAUUCCUUACUACAUUUUUUUUUCAUUUCUUGUAUAUUUUCUCUCAUUGUGAAGAAUGUUUUCAGUAGAAGGGAGUGGAACACUUACAUUUUCUUUUAUAUGUUCAUUCUUAAGAAGAGGGUGUUUAUUGUCUACCCUUAAUUGCUCCAAGAAAGUGGUGAGCCAGCUUCUUAAUUCACAGCACUCCAUGCUAAGCCAUUCAGAGUAAGUAUGGGAGACCCACUACUUACAAAGCACAAGACUUCCAAAGUGUUUGGUCAGAUUUUGCUGCAAUGUGGGUGUUUUUGUUGAGACCGCCAUGACUUCUGGAGUUGUCCUGGAACUCAUCAACUACUUAGAGAGCUGGCUGAAGUUCUGGGGACUGGAAGAGUGCUAUGUUUGAAGGGAAUUCAGGGUGCAGUGGUUGAGGGCAACUCAUCUAUAGAACUGUAGAAGAUAGGAAACCUUGCAUUUGGGAGAUCCUGGGAAACCAAAGCCUUGAUUUGGAAACUGAGGUUACAGUGUGGGAGAUGCAGGAUGGUGCAACUGAAGCUGUGGAGAGAUAGGACAGAAAAUCUCUGAAGACAGCUGGCGAGAGUGGUUUUAUUAUUUCAGGGAGAAGAGAGGUUGUGAUGACGAUAGGUACUGGAGAUGAGAAAGGCAGAUGACUUUGUGCAUUCUUGGAAUAAUUUAACGGUUGUGUUCCAGAAGAAAUCAACCAUUUGCCCCUCAGGACACUGGCUGCACAGCCCAAGGGAAAGCACAAGGGAAAAACCAUGUAGAGCCAUGUGACUUAUGUCCACUAUCUGAGACUGAGGCAGGGAGGCAGGCUCGGAGGAAGACCGAGGUGUUUGGAAACAGGGAAAGGAUUUGAAGGACAGGAACAGGAUUGUGGCAAGGGAGAAGUUUAAGGUGGAAGACUUUUGGGAAACAACAGUUGAGGAAUGGGAAUAUUUAGGGGAACAGGAGGAGAAUUUGGGGGACUGGAAGGGUCUUGUUUUGGGGAUGGGCCUGGUAGAUAGGAAGGGGAAUAAUGGCAUUCCCCAGAAUUUUGCCCUCCAUAACCAUUUUUGCACUUCGAUAUCCAGCCGAUGAAGGAUUCGCCAGAUUUACAAUGAAUGUGCUGGGAAUGUAUGUUGAUGAACUGCAUGCAAUAUUACAACAGGUCUGACAAUGGCAAUGCUAACAAUUGAUAGAUCUGCUUAAGGAGCUGCUAAUUACUGUAUUCAUAUUG